UGCAUCCUUACCUCCCCAAAACCCUACACCACCCAACCAUGCUUCUCCGGCGACCCCUCCAAACCCUCACACUUCCCCCCUUCCUCCUCCGCCGCCUCUCCGCCGCCGCCGAGGCGCUCGUCUCCCCGGCGGACCCCCACCACGCCGACCCGCUCUCCCCGCCGUACGACUACCUCCCUGGCCACCCGCGACCGGACGCCAAGCACGAUGAGGUGAUCCUCGCCGUGCCGCGUGCCUCGUCGGGGCGGCACGUGGCCGCCAAGGAGCGCAAGGCCGGGCGGGUGCCGGCCAUCGUAUUCGAGCAGGAGAACGGGCAGGAGGGUGGCAACAAGCGUCUCGUCUCCGUGCCGUCCAAGCAGAUCCGCAAGCUCGUCGACCACCUUGGCCGGUCCUUCUUCCUAUCCAGGCUGUUCCGGAUCCAGGUCUGGUCCGAGCACGCCGGGCAAGGGGACCUCGUCGAGAGCGUCCGCGUCCUGCCGCGCAAGGUACAUUUGCAUGCAGGCACUGAUGAACCUCUGAAUGUCACAUUUAUGAGAGCCCCUUCUUCUGCGCUUCUCAAAAUAGAUGUUCCUUUAAUGUUCAUUGGUGAUGAUGCCUCACCUGGUCUCCGGAAAGGAGCAUACUUCAACACCAUAAAACGAACUGUCAAGUUUCUCUGCCCAGCUGACAUCGUACCGCCAUACAUAGAAGUGGAUCUGAGCGAGUUGGAUGUAGGACAGAAACUGUUGAUGCGCGAUCUGAAAGUCCACCCUGCUUUGAAGUUGCUUCAGUCACCAGAUCAACCCAUAUGUAGCAUUAUAGGAUCAAGAGCUCCUGAACAGAAGAAGACGAAAUAACUUGUUCGAUUAGUAACAAUCUUCGACAUAAUAAGCUUUUUUUGCUAUUGUUGCUUGAGUUAAUCAGGUCUUAAUUCUCCUUGGAUGCAUUGUAGCCACCCACCAUUGUACCUGGGGAAUAGCUGUGAUGGGAAGCAAGAUGCUACAACUAGAAACACGCAGAAGUGCCCAAAUAUGGUUUUUUGUUCACAUUCCAUUGCGAUGAGUUUCUUGAAUAA